AUGAGCAGAGCCUGGGCUGUGUUCAAAUCCCACCCGUACCUCAGCAACAUCACGAGCUACACGGCUCUGUUCGCCUCCGCUGACCUCAUUCAGCAAAGCAUGCUGGGAGGCCAGCACGCUGUAGCAAAGGACCCUGAGACAGACGGACUCUCAUCACCUCAGACUGGACCUGCCGCUGCGUCCGGCAUCAACUGGACCCAGACUGCUCAAGUGGCACUGGUUGGGUUCUGUUUCCAUGCCAACUUCAACUACCACUGGCUCAAGGCAUUGGAGAGGAUGUGGCCAGGGGGCGGAGUCAAGCGAGUGACCCUUAAAGUGGUGGUGGAUCAGCUAGUAGCAGCCCCUGCCACCAUCAGCGCAUUCUUCAUAGGACUCAGUGCACUUGAGGGGAAAGAGGAUCCUUUUGAAGACUGGAGAAACAAAUUCUGGACCUCCUAUAAGACUGGAGUGCUCUACUGGUCUACAAUGCAGGCUGUGAAUUUCUCUCUGGUGCCGCCAGUGGCACGCACAGUGUUUGUGGGAGGUGUUGCUCUUACAUGGACAAUUUUUCUUUGUCAUUUUCGGCAGCUUAAAAGUGACUCCGAGCCUAGUUCCUCCUUGUAGGGCUUUUGAAAAGGACACAUAGCACAAGGCAGAGGGACCACA